CACACACAGAGGGUUGGCAGUCAGAGGGAAAGAGAAACUGACUCUGAGCUCCAGUUUUCUGUCUUCAGUCCGUCUUCAGUGCUGCAGGAUGGAGGUUCUGUCGGUUCCGAGGGUUCUGCUCGCUGUGGCUCUGCUGCUGGUUUCUGUGGGGAGUUCUGAGUGUGUGCGGUGUUUCACACGGUUCAACCGGAUCCUCGGUCAGUGUGAUGAAGAGCUCGGUGAGAUGGACGAAGACGACUGCUGCCAGAACCCUCAGUACGGUUACCAGGCAACAGACGGAGUGUGUCGCUCCUGUGGUCCUCCUCUGUGGUCUCCCUGGUCGCCAUGGUCACAGUGUAACGUCCUGUGUGGGGACGGCGUCAUGCAGAGAACCAGGAAGUGUUACGGCGCCGGAGACUGUGAGAACGCUGCAGACACACUGCAGAUGCAACCCUGCAGCGGCAGCUGCUGUGAUGCUCAGGGGUGGGGCUCGUGGCUCCCCUGGUCGUCCUGCUCGGUGACCUGUGGGGGAGGCGGAGUCAGGAGGAGAGAGAGAGUCUGCUCUGGUCCUCCUGAGUGUCGCUCGUCCUGUAGCGGUCCUUCACAGGAGACAGAGACGUGUCCAACACACAACACCUGUCCAGUUCAUGGUGUCUGGUCCUCGUGGUCCGGUUGGUCUCAGUGUUCGGGGUCGUGUAUCAAUGACCAGAGAGAUGAUGUCAUCGUCCCCUACAGGGAGCGACAUCGUUCCUGCUCGAACCCCGCCCCUUCCAAUGACACGGUACCACCUGGCAACCGUUGCCCUGGAGACGAUGUCCAGGUCCAGGACUGCAGUGAACUCCCCAAUUGUCCUGUGGACGGCGGGUGGGGGGCGUGGUCUCCACCGGGGCCGUGCUCGGCCUCCUGUGGGGCGGGGAUCCAGCUGUCAAUCAGGAAAUGUAAUAACCCCGCCCCUAAAUAUGGCGGCCAGUUCUGCAACGGACCGAGUGCUCAGUGCAGCGCCUGUCCUGAGAACCCCUGUCCUGUCGACGGGUUCUGGUCCGGCUGGUCCAGUUGGGGUGAGUGUUCCUCUUCCUGUAUCCCACAAGGCCACGCUCCCGUCAGGACUCGCCGCCGCUCCUGUUCUAACCCCGCCCCUUCCUCCAGCCCGCCCGGCAGACGUUGCGAAGGUGUCGACAGGCAGACAGAGACCUGCGACCACCUGCCUUACUGCCCGGUGGACGGAGUCUGGGGGUCUUGGUCUUCCUUCACUUCCUGUCCUGUUACCUGUGGGGUGGGGCUUCAGGAGUCGAUCAGGCUUUGUGACAGCCCCUCCCCAAAACAUGGCGGCCGGCCGUGUCCUGGAGAAAGACGUCGGACCAACAUCUGUACAACCAAUGUCCACUGUCCAGUGGAUGGGAUGUGGUCACAGUGGUCAGAAUGGAAACCCUGUACGCACCCGUUCAGGGACAAGAGCAUCAACUGUCAGCAGAUCGGCGGCAAACAGACUCGAGAGCGCGAGUGUCUCCAUCAGGCCCACAACGGAUCCAUCUGCAGCGGAGAGGCUCUGACCGAGACACGGGUCUGCUACGAUGUCAACAGAUGUUACCUAAAGGGCACCUGGGAGGGCUGGGAGUCUUGGAGUUUGUGCUCACCAACCUGUGGAGAAAAGUCCCGACGCUUUAGGAAGAGAUAUUGUAAACCUGAUUACAGCAGCUACAGGAGUACCAUUAGAGGUUUUCCGGCGUCGUUCUUCGGGAAUCCUCAGGCCGACUGCGGCUUGCCGCCCGACGGUGAGAAGAAGGUUGAAGUUCAGCUCUGCUUCAACGCUCCCGCCUGCUCCUAACACCACGCUCACCGAUGACUUUAACAACAUGCAACAGUCUUCAGGUUCUGGACUUUGAGUUUCAGUGAAAUACAGACAUGAGACCAGAAACCUGAUUUCAUAAUUUGAUUUGUUGGUAAAUGAAUGUGUUGCAUUUUAUAAAGUUUUUAUGUGAAACAUUAACAUGAAAAGUAAGUUUACCUGUCAGAUGGAUGUGGUGGUGUAAACUUACAAUUUCUCUCUGACAUGUCGAGGAACAGAAAUAUAAAGUGACAUGAGAAAAAAGUUA